AUGUAUACUCUGUUUGUAUUAUUUUAUUUGUAUUUACUUGAAGGUAUACCAUAUGGUGUCCAGUCUCGAUUUCUACCUCUUAUUUUUCGCAACAAAGGUCUCUCACUUACUUCAUUAGGUCUACAUAAACUUCUUCAUAUUCCUUGGCUACUUAAAAGCUUUUAUGCUCCGGUAAUUGACAGACAUAUUAACAAAAGAGUAUGGUUAUUUAUCAGUUUCAGUGGUUUGUUUUUUUGUACAGUCUUAUUAUUUCACGAAAGUGAACAAUUGGUCAGUGGAAACAAUUACUUCAUGUUCACUAUUUCUUCUUGUCUUUUUAUGUAUAAUUUUUGGGCAGCUUCACAAGACAUUACUGUUGAUUCACUGACCUUGUCCACCUUAACAUCAAAUCAAAUCUCUUUAGGGAAUACUAUACAAGUUGUUGGCUACAAAUGUGGAGCUAUUAUUGGCGGUGGAUUUCUUGCUUGGUUAUCAGCUUUUGUAGAAAUCAGUUAUCUUUUCAUAUCACUUAGUUGCUUAUAUGCUAGUGGGAUGUGCUUUUGUUUAAUUGGAAAGUUUUGGAAAUUUUGUAAUGUAAAACAGUUUCACGGAAAAACGUAUAUUCAAGUAAAUGAGAAUGAGAAUUCAGACGAUGAACAAGAUUUAACUUGUGUGUCAAAACAAUAUUCUUACACAAAAGCCUUCGAAAUUGCCCUGGGUGAUUCAGGUGGUUCGCGUUGUCUUAUUGUUCUUCUAUUGAUUUAUAAACUUGGAGAGCAAGGAUCUAUGAAUAUGCUACCUUUGAUGCUUUUAGAUAGAGGAUUUUCUCUAUCUAAAGUUGGAUUUUGGACAGGUGUUGUUGGACAAUUGGCAUCUAUAAUUGGGUCUACAUCUGGAUAUUAUAUCCAGAAAAAGCUCAGAUCUCCACUAACUUCAGUUCUAAGCCUUAUGAUAAUUCGGGCUUGUCUACAAUUCCCUCUAACAAUGAUUGCUUUCAAAUCUAUUUGGAUAAGUGCACCUAACGUUUCUUUCUGGAUAGGUUGUUUAUUAAUGAAUAUUUUACUAGUUUACAGCAGAAUUAUUGGGAAAACUUUUAUUUGGUACAAUAGCCGCAUAUUUUACAGAUGUAUUCGGAUAUGGAGUUGCUUAUUUAUGCUUUUUAAUUUUAUCUAUACUUCCAAUUUUAUAUGUUUACAAAUGUUCUGGGAAAUUUCGAUUUUCUCCCUAAAUGGUUAUUUAACUCGGGAAACCUUGAUAACUCAAGUAGAUUUCAUUGAUGAUGUUAUGUUUUGUUGUUAUUGA